AUGGUGAUCUACGCCGGAUCUUCCUGCCUGCAACGGAAGGAGAGUCAAAGAUCCAAGCGACUGUGCCAGAUGAACCCGAUCGUGCUGCAUCCAGCCAAACUCCGCCACCGCGAGACCCGAACCCCGGCCAGAGAUCUCCACACGGACGCCCUCAGUUCCAACGCUGCACUCACUGCGGUUCACACCGCCAUGACGAUCUGCACUGCUGGAAGAGGCUGA